AUGGGGGUUCUGGUGGCACUGUUGAGGGUGCUGAGCUUCCUGGGGGUGGUUCCGGGAGGCUCCCCUGCCCUGCACUUGCACACCACCUCCUGCCACUUGGUCAGGCCCACCGCCAGCAUCCCUUUGGGAUCCCUGAGCUUCCUGGGCAAGGAUGUCCAGGGACGAGCUCUGUUCCAUGCCCGCUGGGAUGGGCACAGGAGAUUGCAGGUGUGCAGCCGGCAGGAUGAGCCAGAGCUCACUGCAGCCUUCCGUGCGCUCUGUGCUGGUGAGCUCACCCGGGGCUCCUUCAUCCACACCCCUGGACCUGAGCUGCAGAGAGCCCUGGCCAUCCUUCAGAGCCAGUGGGAGGCCUGCCAAGGGCCUGCUGAGAGUCCAGCGGGGACCAGGGAGAAGCGAGCAGCAGGGCAGAGUGGAGAGCCUGGCAUCCGGCACCAGCGGGUGAAGAGGGGCUGGACUAUGCCUGGCACGCUGUGGUGUGGAGUCGGGGACUCUGCCAGGAACUCCACGGAGCUGGGGGUCUUCGAGGGCCCUGAUCUCUGCUGCCAGGAACAUGACCACUGCCCCCAGACGGUCUCACCCUUCCAGUACAACUACGGCAUCCGGAACUACCGAUUCCACACCAUCUCCCACUGCAGCUGUGAUGCCAGGUUCCAGCAGUGCCUGCAGAACCAGCGGGACUCCGUCUCCGACAUCGUGGGCGUGGUCUUCUUCAACGUGCUGGCGAUCCCUUGCUUUGUGCUGGAGGAGCAGGAGGCCUGUGUGGAGUGGUACUGGUGGGGCGGGUGUAGAAGGUACGGCUCUGUGCCCCUCGCUCGUCUCCAGCCCAGGACCCUCUACAAUGCCUCUUGGAGCUCCCCUGCCAUCCCCUCAACUCCCAGCCCCCAGAACACAGCCCCCAGCCAGCCUCAGCUGAUGCAGCAUCCUCAGAAGUGGCCAGCACAGCAGAGAGAGUCCAGGCACCCCAGUCAAGCCAAGGCCACAGCCCUCCAGGGCCCUGUGGCCUCCCCUGGGCCUGCCAUGCUCCCCAGAGUCCAGCUAGAGGUCACCGAUCCAGGCCUCCAGGGGCCUCAGGGUGUCCACCAGGCCUGCCGCAGCUUCCGCCACCUGGACCGGUGUGAGCAUCAGAUCGGGCCCCAGGAGACCAAGUUCCAGCUGUUCAACAGCGCCUGGGACCCCCUUUUCCACUGCAACUGCACACGCCGGCUGGCCCGCUUCCUGAGGCUCCACAACCCACCCGUGGGUGCCAUCAUGCUUCGGGAGCUGCUGGGAAUGACCUGCUUCAAAUUGGCCCCUCCGCUGGACUGUGCUGAGGUCAAAGACUGUUCCAGUGACCCCAGGGCCAUAAGAGUGUCAGCUUGGCACCUGCGGCAACUUCAGCAGAGGCGACGCCAGCUCCAGAGGUCGAGCACUCACCACAGGCAGGCAAGGCCUUCAGAGCACCCAAAGUCCCCCACGUCAUUCUACGACCGGUGCCUGCAGCUGACCCAAGGAGCUGGAAGACCCAAAGGGCAGCGGAAACCCUGGAACCAGUGA